AUGCUUUUUAUCGUGUCCUCGAAUGGCGAAAAGGUCGACCAAACAACAAGGAAGCUAAUCAGAAGCCAUGUGAUGCAAGGGAAGAAACAGAAAAAGAUUCGGGCCAAAAUGGGCCAGCGGACAAGCGGCUCCGCCAUCAGCAGGAAGCACCACCAGGAGACGCCCAUCAAGCUGGUGGAUGUUAUCACAGCGGGUGUGCCACUACUACCCGGCCGAAUUGGCUUGGACUUGCCCUAUGCCGAGUUUCGAGACUCGGUAGAACCGAGAGUGCUUAUGAAUAUGAUGAAAUUCUCUGAAAUCGCAAUGAGUGUCAUCUUUCCCUUAUUGGUAGGGAUUGGUUUCCACGCUGAUACCUCAGAGUCACUCUACCCAAUGGUUUUGGACUCCGCUGCACUCCAUAUAACAGCCUUUGCUGUGGAAGGAUUCAUCGACAAGAUCCUGCGAGGAAAAGUAAAUGAGCCCAACCCGCCAGCGAUGCUUCAUUUACAGAAGGGGCUGAAGCUCCUCCGUGAGAGACUCUUGAGCGAGGACGAUACCACCAAGAUCUCGGACUCUACUAUCAGUAUCGUCCUGAAAUUGGCCAGUAUCGCACUUUUCGAUAGGGACCAGCAGGCAUCCAAAACCCAUAUGGAUGGCCUUCACAAAAUAGUGAGUAUAAGGGGAGGGAUGGAUGCCAUUGAAGAUCCCAGGCUUUUGAGAGAGAUGGCAAGAAUUGACCUGAGCAUCGCACUGCUUAAUGCGGCGGACCCAUUGUUUUUCCGUCAGCCAUCGGAACCCAUGCCCAAAUAUCCAGAAAAGCUGCUCCCAGAUUCCGGCGACAACCUGGGUUUCCAAGACAAUAUUAGGCUGAUUGGGUCCAUGGAUAACGAGCUAUCAACGGCUUGGAGAGUCAUGAGGAGAUUCUGCUUACUGGUAAACCUUGGGACGCAAACUCAGGGCCUAAUUGACCCAGAAAUCAUCCGUGAAACGAUGGCUGCGGUGAUAUAUCGCCUCCUACAAAUGGAAUUCACUACCGGUUCACUCGACGAAGUUGUUAGGCUUGGUCUAUUGACCUUUUCUCAUCAUGUGUUUCUGCAGUGGCACGACAUCAAGACGCCAUACUAUGACCUUGCUGCCGCUUAUCGGAACCACCUUCUGGAUUCUAAUGUAAUUGAUAGAGUGUCCCCGCAGUUGAUGGUUUGGCUCUUGAUGACUGCAGCAAAUUCGCUGUUUGAUAUCUCAGAUGAAAUGUGGCUGGAAGAGUCCUUGCGAGAACAAGUCGGCGUGUGUGAAGUGAAGACGUGGAAAGGACUACAGGAUGUAUUGAAGUCCUUCAUGUGGAUGCCAUUGCUCGAUGAACACCGGGGCAAGCAGGCUUAUGAUUUUAUUUUUUUGGAUGAGAGGGAGUCUUGA